AUGCUCGAUCCCCAUGUCCGUGACAUGCAGCCGGAGAAGCUCUACUGGCAAACGUAUCUGGAUUCAGCAGCAGUAGAGGAUAAAUAUCUGCCAGAGAGCUGGGAGGCGAACACCGGUAGUGUUCUGACAUUCACUGGUCUCUUUGCUGCGACCGUCGCGGCUUUUCUUAUCGAGAGCUACCAUUCACUCUCGCCCGACUCUGGGGACCAGACCGUGGAGCUUCUCGCCCUGAUGCUUGCCGCAACAGCAAACGCGUCCACGAACGUCCCCGUGAACGUCCCUCCGCCGGCGCUGUUUCAAGCCUCCACUUCGUCUAUCGUCGUGAACUCGCUCUGGUUCUCCAGUCUUAUCAUCGCCCUCUCGUGUGCUCUCUUAUCCACGCUCAUACAAGAAUGGGCGCGCGAUUAUAAACGGGAUAUCAAUCACCGCCGGACGCUCAAUGACAGCUUACACAUCCGCGCUCUCAGCCACAUCUACAUCCGCAUGGGGAUCAGCCGCUAUGGCAUGGAAUACGCGGCAUCUUGCGUCUCUGCGCUUAUACAUCUCUCUGUCUUCUUGUUCGCAAUUGGACUCGCCAUUUUCUUAUUCCCUGUCAACCGCAUCGUAGCCUAUGUUGCCAUCGCUAUUCUCAGCGCGCUCGCCUUACUAUACCUGGCAACAAGCGUGCUCCCAUUGAUAGAUCUCAGCUGCCCGUACCGGACACCUGUCACAUACAUAUCCGCGGCCCUUUACUCUUCAACUCAUACACUAUCACGUGCAAUUGAGUACCUGGCGCGUAUCUUUGGGUCGUCUGCGAGAAAGCACAGGCCACGCGCGAGAUCAUUCGGAGUGCGCACCAUCGGGUCACGAACGGUCGUGGACCGUAACGCUUUCCUCACUCCGUCACGAUAUAUCUUCGCCUGGGACCGCACGAGUCACCAGAUGGUGGACGGGCAGUUCGAAGCUCUUCUCGAAGGCUCUAUGUCUGUUUUGGACAGCAAGAUCCUCCGGCUCGAGACCGCCCGGUCCGAGAUCAUCGAACAUCUCUGCUCGAAUGUGACGUUCGUACAACGGCUGCGUCAACACAUCCUCAUGCCGCGCCACCAGUUGUACGGGGCCACGUUGAAUCCAAUCAUCUUCCGAGUUCUCUCUGUUCUCUCAGAGAGGAUGUUCGCCUAUCUCGAAGAUCGCGCGGACGUUUACAAAUGGGACGUCGCCGCUGGGAUCUAUCUAGACGCCCUUUCACAUGUCGCCGCUAUCGCUCAGAACCACGUCCAUGACAAGACCAAGUUCGCAGCGAGGCUUUGUCUUCAUAACGUGCACUGCUCUUUCGUCAGGAUAUGUAGCAAUGCGCACAAACGAGGCUCUAGUCUUGCUUUAGCGGACGCCCUCGUCGUGGGACAUUUCCCUGAUGCCAAUCGGGGCGGUGUGGACUACGACGCGUUGCGACUAGAGCAAGUUCGCCCUGCAGGACUACUGCUUGUUAUGCAAUACCAGGCGUACUGCGCUGUUGCUAAUGCACCUGAUCAAUGGUCAAAGCGCCUGACAACGUAUAGAAAGUGGACGCGACAGAUGGAUCAUUCCUGUCUCGUACCCUUGCACGCCGACAGGUGCUGCAGACGCUCUAGUAGUAUCCUUUCAGCGAACGGAUGGGCACACGCGACUGCAUCCUGUCUGCUGACAAUUAUAUGUCAGAUAUUGGAGUCGCCUGAUCGUGCAGCAGAAGUAAUCCGAGAGACUACCAUCUACCCUCCCGAGACCUUACCGACAUACUUCAAGGACGUCUUGGACCGUCGUUUACCCUCUAAGGAGUUCAUCGACGCUCUUCGUACUUCCGGUCUCACAGACUGGAUCAGCCCCGAGAGCGAUUUGUCGUCAGGUCCGAUGAAAGGGAAACAUCUCAGCUUCCUUCGUGAGGGUCAUUGGGGCCCAUGGUGUAUCCGAUCCUUGCGGAGUCUCGCAGAAUAUGUUGACUGGAAAAGCUAUUACAGUGACCUAGUGGUACUACCAGAUGCAAUACCGUCAUCGUGCGAUGCAGGCUUGUCACCAGGACCGACGAUUGGCGUUCCAUUCACCUGCGGAACUUUUUCGCUUGCCGUCCCUCCAUCUGGCGUGACCGAUACUGGCGCACCUAUAGCGCCGAGUGCAUUCUUGAGCGCGGAAUCUGCCGAAGUUGAACCUGGGGACUUCUCCGAGACUUGCAUACGCGGGUGA